AUGUAUCGAAGACGGCAUCUGCCGUUGGAAUCUCGAGGAUCAGCAUCAGAAAUACCAGCAGUCUUCUCUCAACCACUCUUGCUCUCAGCAGCAAAACAACAUAAAUUCCAAACCAAUGUAUCAAACAUCCACACCUCACAAACGACACCAGAACAAGCCGAAAAAGUCGAAAAAUCAUCUCAACUUGGUCAAGAACUACCCUUACUACCACGCAAUGCCUCAACCGUGACCGCAUCUAAUCUAGAUCAACAUGCCAUCACUGAUUUGGAACCAAAGGUUUUCAUCCAAUAUGCCACCAACACUGGAACGGUUCCUCGACGAGUCGAUAUAGAACGACGUAGACGGCUUUUCGCUGCUCAGAACAUAAAGGAAUUGCUUGAAAAAGAGGGGAUCAACAAUACUACGUCUGCCAAGUCGACUAGUCAAGAACGGAAUGCACCACAAACAACAGACGUGGAAUUCCUACCUUUAUACUGGUUUGACAAUGUAGAUUUUGAUGAACGGACAACCACCGAAUGGGCAUAUUCUGUUGACGUUGCUGUGGGCAAGGGCAAACCUGCAAGGGCUAAAGCGCAAGUUACGCCUGGAGUGUGGAUUGAUGUUAACGUUGUCGCGUAUCAUCCUACUUCUCAACGGUGGAGAGUUGUAUGGAAGCAUAAUGAUGUCGCGCUGUCGACUGUGUCGAGAGUUGGGGAUGAGUGGGAGUGCUGGGUUCAUCGUAUUGAUUUGAUGUUUGAGAAUGAGGAUCCCUUUCGAUUCGUACGAAGAGUCGCUGCUGCUCAUCGUCUUCGCUUGGAGAUUGCACAAAAGUUGCGCUACAACUUUUUCGUGGAUUCCAUGCCAACCAAUGGUGCUCUAGAAAUGACGGAUGAUCAAGUGGAACGCAUCUUCAAAUGGGCCAUGGCAGGAAUUAAACAACUCAGUGUCUUGUCGCCAAACUCGUCGCAAGUCUCUGCUUUGACUCGUGAACUCAAGUCGGACUAUGCUCGUGCUAUGAACCGUAUGAUAUUUGAUGACGAGAUCGGUAAACCCAACAGUGCCCAAACAUACCCAUCCGUCGACUUGCCAUCUGAUAUUGUUCGAGCUGAAAUCAUCCCAGUACCACUCACCGGCAAGAUUGGUAUUCAAGAAUAUGAUUUCACGGCCCGACGUGAUGAAUUCGCAUUCUCAUCCUUCUUGACUAAACGAGAAGUGAUAAAAGUAUUGGCGCGUGUUCAUACUGAAUGUGAACGAGUUGCCAAUGGGAACCUGUUUCAGACGGCUUUUGGAAAGACUGUUAAAUUGGAUGAGUUUGAUGCUAUUCAACAGCAGGCAUCGACUACUACUUCUGCGAUGCUGAAGGACAGUUGGAUUAAUACACUCAAGACGGUCAUCAAGAAUGGAUUCAGAGAUGUUGGGAAAGGGUGGUAUAAUAUGCAUGAAACCAACCCUGAAGUGUAUCGUAUCUCGAAGCUCAAGAAGUUCAUGACUACGGUCAAAUUCAACAUGCAGGAUGCAAUCCGCACGCUAGUACUCAACUCGUUUAGCGAGUACAUUAAACUUGUGACCUCAGUGGCAUGCCAAAACAUUCAUGUAAACUCGACAAACGAUAUACGUAUAGGAAAGUUGGCCUCUGCCGAUGCACCUACUCGUCGACCUCUCUUCACAAUCGAAUUGCUCUUCCGAAACGGUAAACUUGUUUAUAGUACGGAUCCAAAUACCUUUGAAACGGCCGUUCUUUUUGCCUUUGACAGAGCAACAUCGGCAGUUGAGGGUUUGCCACAACUAGAACCACUAGUAUUGGACCAGCUGUUUUGGCCCGCUAAACCACCACUCCAAUCGCCACAUCCUCGAGAACCCGAAGUCAUUGCUCUUCGAUCCAAACUGCAAAAGGCUUUGAGGGAAGGCCUUCGCCCAUUAGACGAGUAUCUACAGAAAUUCGAUAAACAUCUAGCUCGAAUGAAUUUAGAUCCAGCUAAAUAUGCUGUCGAGUAUGAAGAAGCCGCUCGCUCUCUACCUGAAGUUGAAAAGGAUGUGAUUGAUCAUAUGAAGGAUUGGGAGCAGCUAGAACGUGAUGUUCCUGCUCAUACGAACCUUGGAAUGUUUUGGGUUGGUUGUGACUCGAUUCGAACUGCUAUGCGCAAGGACUUAGCUAAAGUCGUAUUGGAUGUUUUGGCCAAGAGGACUGCUAAGCUGGCCCAGAGUGUUUGUGCUGCGUUUUCUCAAGUCGAGAAAAAGCUUCGAGAAAAGCCUAGCAAAAUUGAAGAAGUCGCGGAGCAACGUGAAUAUAUGGCAACUGCCAAUGAUAUUCUCCAAACCCAAACCGAACGCAUUGCCGAAAUGCUUAAAAACCAUGAAGUGUUGGAAAGAUUUAGACAUGAAUUGACUUCUGAAGACUCGAGGGUUCGUUGGCAAGCAUAUGGCUGGCCACGAAAGAUUGAAGAGCUGCUACGUGAAGUAGAAACUAGUCUUCACGCAGAUGAGCAAAACUUUGCUCGUAACUUGACUAGCGACCAGGAACUAUUCAAGGAACGUAUCAACAACCUCACUAGUAUUGUCAAUGACUUUGGUAAACACUCGGACGUAUCCAAGGUCAAUGAAAUUGUUGCUGAAGUCAAUAGGGUUGCAACUGAACUCAAGGAAUGUCAGUCAUUGGCUGCCUUGAUUAACGGACGUGAACGACUCUUCAGUCUAGAACUGACUCGAUAUGAUGAUGUUGGUCAGCUUGCCAAGGACUUUGAACCGUAUAAAGUAUUAUGGAUUACCGCAGGCGAUUGGGUUAAAUGGAAAAAUACCUGGCUUAAAGGACCAUUUGAAGAACUCAACCCAGAAGACGUUGACAAGUCAUUGACGAAUGCAUGGCGUAGCAUGUUUAAAUCCGUAAAACAAUUUAAAAGUCAACCUGGUUGUUUGGCAGUUGCCACUCAACUCAAGGACGAAAUGGAUGCAUUUAAACCCAAUAUUCCACUAAUCCAGUCACUACGUAAUCCUGGCAUGCGUGAUCGCCAUUGGGAAGCACUCUCGAAAGAAAUUGGUGUUGAAAUCAAUCCCACUGCCAAAAGUGUUACCUUGACUGACUUGUUGGCUAUGAAUAUUGUCGAACGUAUUGCUGAUAUAUCCAAGAUUUGUGAUGUGGCUGGUAAAGAAUAUGCUAUUGAAGCCACUUUGGAUAAAUUGGAGAAUGAUUGGAAGGGCAUGCUGUUGGAUAUUAUACCUUAUCAAGAUGGGUACUUGAUGAAGGCGUCUGAUGAAGUGCAGAGAUUGUUGGAUGACAAUAUUGUUAUGAUCCAGUCACUUGCAUUUUCGCCAUUCAAAAAGGCAUUUGCUGAACGUAUUGCUUCUUGGGAAAGCAAGCUCAAAACUGUCCAAGAAGUUUUGGAAGGUAUUGUGUUGUGUUUAAGUCUCAGUGCUAGGGUUCACGAUGACAUAAUCGCUCUAUUCGUAGAAUGGAUGGCUUGCCAGAGACAAUACUUGUAUUUGUCUCCUGUUUUUAGUUCUGAUGAUAUCGUUACUCAACUCCCUGUGGAAUCGAAACGGUUCCAAACCAUGGACAGAACAUGGCGUCGUGUCAUGACUCAAGCCAAGUCUCGACCCAAUGUUAUUGAAUGCUGUGGUGAUUCAAAGCUAUUGGAUAGCUUUAGGGAAUGCAACAAGCUCUUGGAAUUGGUCUCUAAAGGUCUCUCAGCGUACCUGGAAGGCAAAAGAAUUGGCUUCCCUCGAUUCUUCUUCUUGUCCGAUGACGAAUUGUUACAGAUUCUAUCUCAGACCAAAGAUCCAACUGCCGUACAACCCCAUCUUCGUAAAUGUUUCGAGAAUGUUGCCAAACUCGAAUUCCAACCUGAUCGCAAAAUCACUGCCAUGUUCUCUGGUGAAGGAGAAAAGAUUAAGGUCGUGGAUCCCUUCUAUCCUACUGGAAAUGUAGAAGCGUGGUUGCUCAAAGUCGAGCAAUCCAUGCGUCAAUCUGUCAAGAAGGUCAUCAUGGAUGGUCUCUCUUGCUAUCAUCUAAAACAGCGCACAGAAUGGGUGCUAGAAUGGCCUGGCCAAGUAGUCUUGUCCGUGUCUCAAACUUAUUGGACCAAGGAAGUCUCUGAAGCUCUCAAAGACGGAACAGCUGGUCUCAAAGUCUUGUACACUCGAUUGUUAAAUCAGUUGCAAGGUCUUGUUGGACUAGUACGCGGUGAAUUACCAUUCUUGCAGCGUCUAGUAUUGGGAGACUUGAUUGUUAUCGAUGUACAUGCUCGUGAUGUAGUACAGCGACUCAUUGAUGCUGGUGUAAGCUCUGAGAAUGACUUUGAAUGGGUCAGUCAGUUACGAUACACUUGGGAGGAAGAAGACUUGAGAGUCCGUAUUGUAAAUGCCAACUUCAAGUAUGGUUACGAGUAUCUUGGUAAUACUGGUCGUUUGGUUAUUACACCCCUGACGGAUAGAUGUUACUUGACGCUAACUGGCGCAAUGCAUUUGGGCAUGGGUGGUGCUCCAGCAGGACCAGCAGGAACAGGCAAGACCGAAACCGUAAAAGAUUUGGCAAAGUCACUUGCCAAGCAAUGUGUAGUAUUCAAUUGCUCUGAUCAGUUGGACUACCUUGCCAUGGCGAAAUUCUUCAAGGGUCUUGCUGCUGCUGGUGCAUGGGCCUGCUUUGAUGAAUUUAAUCGUAUUGAUAUUGAAGUGCUGUCUGUCAUUGCACAGCAAAUUAUAACUAUACAAAAGGCUGUUGCUGCUGGACUCACUUCCUUCAUGUUUGAGGGAAUUGAUUUGCCACUUGAUGCCUCCAAUGCUAUAUUUAUUACCAUGAAUCCUGGUUAUGCGGGUAGAACUGAGUUGCCAGAUAACUUGAAGGCUCUCUUCAGACCAAUGGCUAUGAUGAUUCCCAAUUACGGCAUGAUUGCUGAAAUCUCCCUCUUCUCGUUUGGCUUCUCGAAUGCCAAACUCCUGUCAGAAAAGAUGGUGGCUACCUUUAAACUGUCUUCUGAGCAACUCUCUUCUCAAGAUCAUUAUGAUUUUGGUAUGCGAGCUGUAAAAACUGUAAUAUCUAGUGCCGGUAAUCUUAAACGAUCACAGCCUGAUGCUCCAGAGGACUUGCUAUUACUUCGAGCACUCUGUGAUUGUAACUUGCCGAAAUUCUUGGCUGAAGAUGUCCCAAUGUUUGAGGGUAUUAUCUCAGACUUGUUCCCUGGAGUAGUACAACCCACCAUUGAUUACGGCGACCUGUUGGCAUCCAUCAACACUACAUGUCAACAAAUGAAUCUUCAAGCACACCCCAACUUUGUAAAGAAAUCUAUUCAGCUCUACGAAACCACCAUUGUCAGACACGGUCUCAUGUUGGUUGGUCCUAGUGGUGGUGGUAAAACAAGCUGUCUUCGACUGUUAGCAAAAUCUAUCACAGCUUUGAAUGGAAAACUGGCUCCUAAUGGAACCAUAUUUGAGAAAGUGCGGGUUGAUACGCUCAAUCCAAAGUCUAUUACUAUGGGACAGCUGUAUGGUGAAUUCGAUCAGCAGACUCAUGAAUGGACUGAUGGUAUACUCUCGUGUUUGAUGCGUGAGGGUGUUGCUGAAGAUACUCCAGACAAGAAAUGGUAUGUCUUUGAUGGACCAGUCGAUGCUGUUUGGAUUGAGUCUAUGAAUACCUUGCUGGAUGACAACAAGAAGCUUUGCUUGUCGUCUGGUGAAAUUAUCAAGAUGAGUGACACACAACGAAUGAUUUUCGAAGUGGGUGAUUUGGCGUAUGCUUCACCUGCCACUGUAUCUCGUUGCGGUAUGAUAUAUAUGGAGCCGAAUGCACUUGGACUGGAGCCAUUGAUCCAGAGCUGGGUAAAUAAGGUGUCUCGUGAACUGACUCCAUCCUUGUCUGGAGGAUUCAGUGCUUCCAUCAUGCCACUGUUUGAGUAUUAUCUAGAAAACUCGCUACAGUUUAUGCGAAAAAACCAAAAGGAGAUAGUCCCCACCAUGAAUGGUAACUUGGCACAAAGUCUGAUGCGAUUGAUGUCGGCUCUAGUUGCUCCAUAUAUGCAAAAGGCUGACGAUCAAGCCAAUGCUCAAUCUGGUGGUGCACCAGAACAACUGGCUGAUUUGCCCGAUGUCAUUGAGCCACUCUUUAUUUUCUCUCUAAUUUGGUCUGUUGGAUGCACUGGUGACUCUGAAGCACGUCGUAAAUUUGAUGGCUGGCUGAGAACCGCCAUGCAAGGACGGCCACCAAGAAUUCCAUUCCCUAUGAGUGGACUUGUAUAUGACUAUGCCUUUAAUCGAGAACGUAAAUUAUGGAUUAAUUGGAUGGAAAGUAUGGCUCCUCCCGGUGAAUCCAGUACAAAGAGUAUGGAAAUGAUUGUUCCUACUAUCGAUACUGUCCGAAACUCCUUCUUGAUUGAUUUACUUCUCAAGUCGGGAUCCCAUGUCUUGUCUGUUGGCGCUACUGGUACUGGUAAAUCCAUAACGACUCAGCAGAACUUGAUGAAGAAUGAUGAGACUAUAGUACCCAUAAUCCUAAACUUCUCGGCUCGUACAGGAGCAAACCAGACGCAAGAUCUCUUAGAUUCCAAGAUGGAGAAGCGUCGUAAAGGUGUAUAUGGGCCUCCUGUUGGCAAGAAGUUUUUUAUAUUUGUAGAUGACUUGAAUAUGCCUGCACUGGAUAUUUGUGGAGCUCAACCUGCCGUCGAAUUGCUCCGACAAUGGUUGUGCCAUGGUGGUUGGUUUGAUCGUGCCAAUGUCGGCAAGUUUAUGGAGAUCGUGGACAUUACUCUAGUGGGUGCUAUGGGUCCUCCUGGUGGUGGUAGAAACCCCGUUACCUCGCGAUUUACUCGCCACUUUAAUACUUUGGCGUUUAUUGAAAUGGACGACCAGUCACUCCAUCGUAUCUUUAGUACCAUUUUAGGCACCUUCCUCACCAAAUUCACGGCCGCUAUCGCUAGCAAGAAUGACGCAAUCGUCAAUGCUUCGAUACAUAUAUAUAACACAAUAAGAGCUGAGCUGCUCCCUACACCAGCCAAGUCGCACUAUACCUUCAACUUGAGAGAUCUGUCUAAAGUCGUUCAAGGCUUGUUAUCUGCAGAUCCCAAGACCGUGCAAGAAGACAAGGAUAUUGUACGUAUAUGGGUGCAUGAACUACAACGUGUCUUCCAGGAUCGAUUGGUAGAUAACAAAGACAAGGGCUGGUUUUCUCAACUGAUCAAGGACACGAUGUCUACAAAAGUUGGCAUGUCGUGGUCUGACGUGGUUACUGUUGAGCCAUUAUUGUAUGGAGACUUUUUAACUGCACCCACAGGUCAACCACGCCCAUAUGUCGAGAUCAAGGAAUUACGUACUCUUGCCAAGAGUGUUGAAGAGUAUAUGGAUGACUAUAAUUCCACGUCAACAUCACCUGUUAAGCUGGUCAUGUUCUUGGACGCUAUCGAACAUGUAUCUCGUAUUUGCAGAAUCAUUCGUCAGCCUGGUGGCCAUGCUUUGCUUUUGGGAGUUGGGGGUAGUGGAAGACAGUCCUUGUCGCGAUUGGCUGCAUUUAUGGAAGAUUAUGAGCUCUUCCAGAUUGAGAACACAAAAUCUUAUGGCUUGACUGAAUGGCGAGAGGACUUGAAAAGAGUUCUUCUCGGUUCAGGUGUAGAAGAAAGACGAAUCGUAUUUGUGGUUUGUGAUACUCAAAUCUUCUCAGAGUCCUGUGUUGAGGACAUCAACAGUAUUCUCAAUGCUGCCGACGUACCAAAUAUUUAUAAUAACGAAGACAAUGACCGAAUCUUAAACGCCAUGAGAUCUGUGGCAGUUGAUGCUGGUAUUGUCCCAACUCGAGAGAAUAUGUUUGCUUUAUUCAUCGGUCGGGUCAAGCAAAACCUCCAUCUUAUUGUUUGCAUGUCACCUUUGGGAGAUGCAUUCAGAAAUCGUCUAAGAAUGUUCCCUUCGCUUGUGAAUUGUUGUACCAUUGAUUGGUUUUCAACGUGGCCUGAAGAAGCUUUGCAGUCUGUAGCUGCCAAUUCACUUGCAGAGGUACCAAAUCUCGGAUCGGAAAAGGUGACAGAGGGUAUUGUCAAGCUCUGUGUCGUCAUGCACGAAUCAGUCCAGGCCAAAUGCAUUCAAUAUCGCAGUGAGCUUGGCCGAUUCAACUAUGUCACUCCGAAAUCAUACCUGGAGCUGUUGGGUCUCUACAAGAGCUUGCUGGACAAGAAACGUAACGAAUUAUUAGGUUUACGAAAGAGAACCGCAACAGGUCUAGAGAAAUUGUUAGCUGCUACCAAAGAAGUCGAGGUGCUUCAACUCGAAUUAGAAGCCAUGCAGCCCAUGUUGAUACAGACUUCUAAAGAUACCGAAGAAGCCAUGCAGCAGAUUGCCAUAGAUAAAGUCAAGGCUGAAGAGAUUCGUGAAGUCGUUUCUCGUGAAGAAUUACAGGCUACCCGUAAAGCUGAAGAGACUAAAGGUAUCGCCGAUGAUGCUAAACGUGAUUUAGAUGAAGCUCUGCCUGCUUUGGAUGCUGCUAUGGACUCCCUCAAUAACUUGUCCAAGAAUGACAUUAUUGAAGUUCGUAGUAUGCAACGUCCUCCAGAAGGUGUCAAGCUUGUCAUUGAAGCUGUGUGUAUCUUGAAGGGAGUCAAACCAAAGAAGAUCGAUGGUGACAAGCCAGGCAAGAAAGUGGAUGAUUACUGGGAAGUUGGUAAAGCCUUGUUGGCUGAACCUCAAAAGUUCUUGGAAUCUCUCGUCAACUUUGACAAGGACAACAUUGGAGAAGCCGUCAUACAAAAGAUCAAACCAUAUAUUGACAGUGAGGAAUUCCAAGUCGAGGUCAUUGCUCGUGUCUCAAGAGCCGCCACUUCGAUUUGUCAAUGGGUACGAGCGAUGGAGAAAUACUAUUGGGUUUCUAGAUCUGUAGCACCUAAACGGGCUCGUCUCCAAGAAGCUCAAGAGUCACUAGAUGUUACACUAAAAGCUUUGGCUGAACUCAAAAGAACUCUGCGUGAAGCGGAUGUUAGCAUAAAGGAGAUGGAGAAGAAAUUCGCCGAGUCAGUCGCCAAGAAGGAGGAACUGUCUCGAAAAGUGGAGGAAUGUAACAUAAAACUGAGUCGUGCUGGCAAGCUCAUUUCUGGAUUAGGCGGAGAACGUCUGAGAUGGGCUCAAGCUGUCGAGGCCUUUGACGAAAGUAUUACGAAUGUAGUAGGAGAUGUUUUGCUCUCUGCUGCUGCCGUAGCAUAUCUUGGCCCCUUCACGAGCGAAUAUCGUGCAGCUUUGAUGAAGCAUUGGGUGGAAUUCUUGUCUACUUCACACAUUCCGCACUCGGAUAAUGUGUCGUUCUGGAACACUUUGGGUGAACAAGUCAAGCUCCGAGAAUGGCAGUUGAAUGGUCUCCCCAAAGACAAUUACUCUCGUGAUAAUGGUCUGAUUGUUCAGUAUUCACGACGAUGGCCUCUGUUGAUUGAUCCUCAAGGACAAUCUAACCGAUGGAUUCGAAACAAGGAGAAAGACAAUGCACUGGACGUUAUAAAGUUGACCGACCGUGACUUUGUACGAACACUUGAGAAUGCCGUUCGUUUCGGAAAACCAGUUUUGUUGGAAAACGUUGGAGAAAAGCUUGAUCCAGCAUUAGAACCAAUUUUGCUGAAACAGACCUUCCGUCAAGGUGGACAAACCGUCAUCAAAGUUGGAGAUAGUGUGCUGCCAUAUCACGAUGACUUUAGAUUCUACAUCACCACAAAGUUACCAAACCCACAUUACUCUCCUGAAACAUCGGCCAUUGUAACUCUAGUUAACUUUACAUUAGCACCCAGUGGCCUAGAAGAUCAGCUGCUUGCUCUCGUAGUUGCCAAUGAACGGCCUGACUUGGAAGAAGCUAAGAACGAGCUAGUCAUGAAUAAUGCUUCUAUGAGAAAGGAACUGAAGGACAUUGAAGACAAGAUAUUGUACUUGCUGUCGUCAGUACAAGGCAGUCCUGUAGAUGAUGAGCGUCUGAUUGACACUCUCGCUGCUUCUAAAGAGACUUCAGAAGAAAUCCAGAGUAAAGUAAUAAUUGCGGAACAAACCGAAAAGGAUAUUGAUAACACUCGUAUGAAGUAUCAACCUGUCGCUAUCAGGACUCGUAUAUUGUUCUUCGCCAUCACAGAAUUGACUGGUGUCGAUCCUAUGUAUCAGUAUUCUUUGGGUUGGUUUAUGAAUCUCUUCACUACUGCUAUAGCUCACUCUGAAAAGGCUGAAGAUGUUGGUCAACGGGUGGUGAAUAUUAAUGAAUACUUUACUUUCUCGCUCUUUUCGAACGUCUGCCGUUCUCUGUUUGAAAGACACAAACUCAUGUUCUCAUUCUUGUUGAGCAUCCGAAUCUUGAUGAAUGACAAUAUGAUUGAUUUGGAAGAAUGGAGGUUCCUACUAGCGGGUGGAUCAGUAGUUGAAUCAAAGAUUAACAACCCUGUAUCUGACUGGCUCUCUUCAAGUGCAUGGACUCAAGUACUCAUGUUGAGUGCUUUACCCAACUUUGCAGGAAUCGAGACGUCGUUUAUAUCAGAUGCCGAUACAUACCAAGUAAUCUUUGACUCUUCAUCACCUCAUCGUGAAGUGUUGCCUCAACCAUGGCAUUCCAAGUUGAAUGGAUUCCAAAAGUUGUUGGUAUUGCGAUGCUUACGUCCAGAUCGUGUCACGUCUGGAAUACAAGACUUUGUUGCUGCCGAGUUAGGAGAACGAUUUAUUGAACCACAGACGUCGGAUGUAGCUGCCUUGUUCAAAGAGUCUAAUGCUUUGACGCCAUUGAUCUUUGUCUUGUCCCCUGGAGCGGAUCCUGCCAGUGCAUUGUAUAAGUUUGCUGAGGAUCAGCGCUUUUCAAAGAAACUAUCAGCUGUGUCUCUUGGUCAAGGUCAAGGUCCUCGUGCUGAGGUUUUGAUUCGGGAGGCUGCGGAAAGAGGUUUGUGGGUACUCUUGCAGAACUGUCAUCUGGCCCCAAGUUGGAUGCCUAGUCUCGAUCGUCUUGUCGACGGUCUUGGUCAAGGAAACGUUCAUCGAGACUUUAGAUUAUGGCUAACUUCUAUGCCCUCUGCACGUUUCCCCGUUUCUAUUUUGCAAAAUGGUUUGAAGAUGUCGCAAGAGCCUCCUAAAGGCAUCAAGGCUAAUCUGAUGAGAGCAUACUCUUCCUUCUCGGACGAUAUCCUCUCUGGCUGCGAGAAACCCAAAGAAUGGAAGAAGCUCCUGUUUGCUCUAUGUUUCUUCCACGCUGUUGUGCAAGAGCGACGUAAAUUUGGCCCGUUGGGUUGGAAUAUUCCAUACGAGUUCACUGAUGGUGAUUGUCGAAUCUGUACUCGUCAACUCAAGAUUUUCUUGGAAGAAUACCGCGAAGUGCCAUUCAAAGUCCUGAAAUACACUGUAGCUGAAAUCAAUUAUGGAGGACGUGUAACUGAUGAUUGGGAUCGUCGUUUAAUCUUGAAUAUUCUGGACGAUUUCUACAAUUUGAACGUGCUGGAGGAUGGACACAAAUUCAGCUCGUCUGAAGUCUACAUCUCGAUCCCGGCAACCAACUAUGCAGCAUACCGAGACUACAUCAAACAGUUACCCAUCGAUGAGUCUACAGAGAUUUUUGCCAUGCACGACAAUGCCAAUAUUACCUUCGCUCAAAAGGAGACCUUCACAUUGUUUGAGACUCUAGUUGCCUUGAUGCCAAAGAGCAGUUCGAGUUCGUCGGGCAAGACUCGGGAACAAUUCUUGAUGGAGCUGGCUACAUCUAUUCAAACCAAGAUUCCGCAACCAUUUAAUGUGGAUGAGAUUUUGAAAAAGUAUCCUACCGACUACAAGGAGAGCAUGUCAACCGUGCUCGUUCAGGAACUCAUCCGAUACAAUCGUCUACUUGUCGCACUCCACUCAUCUUUGGUGGAUGUCCGUAAAGCACUGGUGGGGUUGGUAGUCAUGAGUGAGGCACUUGAAGCGGUAUGCAACAGUCUGUAUGUAAACCAAGUGCCAUCCAUGUGGGCAGCUAAAGCCUAUCCAUCUUUGAAACCUCUGACUGGUUGGGUGUCGGAUCUGAUGGCUCGUUGCGAGUUUUUACAGAAGUGGAUUGAUCAAGGACAGCCUGCUGUAUUCUGGCUUUCCGGAAUCUUCUUCCCUCAGGCAUUGCUAUCUGGGGUGUUGCAGAAUUAUGCUCGAAAGUACAAUAUCGCCAUUGAUCAACUCAGUUUCGAAUUCAAAGUUUUGGACGGUCGUUGGGAAGAUUUGCCAUCGAAACCAUCUGACGGCUGCUAUCUUCGAGGCCUGCAUCUGGAAGGAGCAAGAUGGGAUUCUCAGCGACGUCUGCUAACUGAAUCUAGAGCCAAGGAACUAUAUACAGAGUUCCCACCUAUAUGGUUGGUUCCUAAACCAAAUCGCAAGAAACCUGAGAGUGGAUAUUAUGAAUGCCCAGUAUACAAGACACUGACUCGAGCUGGAACUCUAUCCACAACGGGACACAGUACUAACUUUGUAUUUUCAAUCGAGGUGCCAUCCGAUCUACCUCAGUCUCAUUGGGUUAAACGCGGUGUUGCCCUGGUUUUGUCUCUGGCUGUAUAA